AUGGCUCAAUAUAUCAGUGCCUUCAGCAAGCCCCCUGUCAAAGUCCCUAAUGGAUUCGUUCGAAUGCUCGACCGAGCCAUAGCUCUGCGCAAACGUGUGGGCUCUGCUGUGAGCAGUCAGAAAGACGGACAAACCGCUCGAGGCGAGGACGAACGUCUUUCAGAUCAGCGUCACUCUUUCUUUGUUGGGGUACUCGAAGGUGUAAGAGAAGCUCUCAAGCCCCGUAUGUCUGCAGAUGUGAAGGACAAGAGCUCUGAAUCUCAAGGUCCUGGCACGGCUGCGAGUGGGUCUGAAGGCACCCUGGGCAAUCUGUUUACCAGUCUUACGGUGGAAGAUGACCUUGAGACUCUGAGGACACGGCGAAGGGUCCUGGCGGAAAUCAUCAUGGAUAUUGAGGAAGCUUUCGUUGCAUUCACCUGUCUUUUGACCGACUUUGAUUCUAUCAGAACUGUCCUUAAAGAGACAUGGAUUGGUUAUCUAGAAGGCCAGUUCGACAUUGUUAGUGCAUCAAUCACUACCAAUACGGCUUUGGAGUUGGCACGAUGUUUGGAAGAAGAACAACAGCAGAUAUUUGCAUCUUAUGGCGGGACGCAAGGAAUGCUCGAGCUCUACUACAAAGCGCAUUCCCUCGGUCAAGGCUAUGGAGCCCCUUACAAAGAACAGCCAGAAGACGAACUGAAUUUCGCCCUGUAUGACUUCUCCUCCACAUUCUACUGGCCGACACAUCUCAUCCUCAACAGCUAUUUGGAUGUGCACCAACCCGGCUCAGUCCCUAUGUCGAAUUGCGAAAAGGUUAAAGAAGACAAGAUCAUUCUUUGCGAGAUCCUUCCAGACUUCAGCUUGCUCUCAUUCAGCCCCCGGCGGUCAGCGACUGACGAUGAGCUCACUCGAGGGCUAUGUCAAGCAUUCAAAACCGGCAAGCUUACUCUAGCCGUGAUUUUUGCCGCCCAGAUCUUCCUCGAUAUCCAUCAUAUCCUACGCGACGACGUCGACCGCGGGUUUAUGAACCUCUGUAGGGCUGCCGCCGCUAGUGAAGCCUCCAUCAACGAGAAUUUCAAGUUCCACAAGAAUCUGAAGAUCGAGAACUGGCCUGCAACCAACGACCAUGUGGUGAGACAGUUGGCAAAUACCAUCCGAGCAAGCUAUGCUGAUGACCUUCAAGGGAUCCGCAGACGGGUAGGAUUUCCACCAGAAAUUGUCAUUGAAGAUAAUCGUCUGUUGAAGAACCAUCCCAUCAAAUGUGGGCUUGCUGUCUGUGACGUCAAAGCGACUUUCUACCAAGCGGGAAUCGUCUUCUGCAAUGCCUGGGGUUCUGUGCUGUUCAGCGCACACUUGUACAAUGCCGUAUGGCAAGAGAAGAUGCUUGACAAGGCCUGGAAAGACAUGGAGCUCUUGUAUGGCAUUCAAGACACUGAACACAUGUUCGCUGGCGACCGCCCGACUUCUUCAGACCAGUAUUUCCGACGCUUUUGUCUGGCCAUGGGAUAUUCGGCGACCAACUUUGCCCCUAAUCGCCGCAAGAACCAAGCUGGUCCGGCAGCCUCACCAGCAGGACCACGCACUUUGUUGGAGCAAGCACCCGUCUCGCGCAUGUUCAUGCCCCGAUAUAGUCAUGGAGCCGAGCGCACAGAUAUGACGCCAAAUGAUAUCGAGAAGAUCUUAGACAAGAGCAACUGGCUUGAAGUCGACGACGACGAAGAGGACUCGGAUGGGGAGAGAGUUAAGGUGACACUGGAACGACAGACCAAACCUGGCCAGAAGUCGCAGCUCAAAAACAAAUGGAACACCAAACACCAGCUCACCAUCCCACAGCUACUGCAAAGUCUUCGGAUCUCGCUGCAAACGGAAACGUUUGAGUUCUCGUUCGACUACUUCAUGUUCGGAACUGCUGGCGGUUGUUGA